AUGGCCAGCAGUAAAGGGGUUCUCAGCGCUAGCAGCAUUGGAAAACUACGAGACGAAGUUAUAAACACUCCAGAUGAAGUCGAGCAUACAAAGGGCGAUAUUUUGUUGAGACAAUUGGAUUCAGCUCCUGAUUCACCAAUGAAUAAUAUGGGACACGAACAAUUAUCCAUCAUAGGGACCCUAUAUCAGCUCAGAUAUCGAAGAUUGAAAAACCUGGACGACAUCUCAAAGGCCAUCAAGUAUCACAGCAAGGCAUUGGAUCUAACUACAGCCGAAGGUCUGGAUCUGCCAGAGAGAUGCACGAGUUUGGGGGUAUCAUACAGGGACCGAUACAAACACAUACACGACUUGGUAGACCUAGUCAAGGCAAUCGAGUGCAAGACUCGUGCACUCCAGCUUACCCCUGAUGGCCACUCAGACUUGCCAGACCGGCUUUUCAAUCUGGGGUUGUCACUUAGAGAUCGGUAUAAGCACCUGGACGACCUGGCGGACCUAGCCAAGGCAAUCGACUACUUCACUCGUGCAAUCAAACUCAUUUCUAACGGCCAUCCCGAAUUACCAGACUGGCAUGUCUGCCUAGGUACUUCAUAUACCGACCUUUAUGAAUUCACGGGUAAGCUGGCGGAUAUCACAAAGGCAAUCGAAUACAAUACGCGCGCAACCCAGCUCACUCCUGAUAAGCAUCCAUCCUUGCCCCAACGGCAUGAAACUCUGGGGGUAUCAUACGGUAAUCGCUAUAAACGCAUGGGAAACCUGGGGGACUUAGAGAAAACAUUCGAAUGCUUCACUCGUGCGCUCGAACUCACUCCUGACGGCCACCCUGACUUGCCAACUCGGCAUACCAAUCUGGGUGCGUCAUACAAGGAACGAUACAAACGCAUGAAGAACCCGGCGGACCUAACCAAGGCCAUCGAAUGUAACAUUUGCGCGCUAGAACUAACCACUUAUGACCAUCCAGGCUUACCAGACCGGCAUACUAAUCUGGGAGUUUCAUACAUGGAUCGAUAUAAAUGCGUGGGCGACCCUACAGACCUAUCUAAGGCAAUUGAAUGCUACACGCGUGCACUCGAGCUCACUCCUGAUGGCCACCCAUCCUUGGCAGACCGACAUGCCAGUCUAGGAGUGCCAUAUACCGAUCGAUACCGGCGUAUGGGCGACGUGUCGGACCUGGCCAAGGCCAUCGAAUGCAAAACUCGGGCACUCGAACUUACUCCUGACGGCCAUCCAUCCUUGCCAGACCGACAUACCAGUCUAGGAGUGUCAUACACCGAUCAAUAUCAACGUACGGGAGACCUGGCAGACCUGGUCAGGGCUCUUGAAUACAACACUCAUGCACUGAGCCUCACUCCUGAGGGCCACCCACGCUUGCCAAUCCGGCAUGCUAAUCUGGGGGUGUCAUACGGGAAUCGAUAUCAACGCCUCGGUGACCUAGCAGACCUAGCGAAGACAAUCGAAUGCUUCACCCGUGCGCUCGAUCUCACGCCCGAGGGCCAUCCAAACCUGGCGGACCAGCAUACUGGUCUGGGGGCGUCAUACCGGGAUCGAUAUCAACGCAUGGGAGAGAUGGAGGAUCUGGUCAAGGCGAUUGAAUGCUUCAUUCGUGCACUCGACCUCACUCCUAAAAAUCACCCAGACUUAUCACGUCGACAUGGGAAUCUAGGGAUAUCAUACACCGAUCUAUAUAAACGAACGGGCGAGAUGGCAGACUUAUCAAAGGCAAUCAAAUGCGAGAUACGUGCACUUGAACUCACUCCUGAUGGCCAUCCAGGCUUACGAGACCGGCAUACCGGUCUAGGGGUGUCGUACAACGAACGAUACAAACGCAUGGGCGAUCUUGAGAGCCUGGCAAAAGCGAUUGAACACAACAAUCGUGCACUCGAGCUCACUCCUGAUGACCACCCAUCCUUGCCUAGUCGGCACGCCAAUCUGGGUAUAUCAUAUACUGAUCGAUAUAAACGCAUGGGCGAUCUUGAGAGUCUGGCAAAAGCGAUUGAACACAACGAUCGCGCACUCGAGCUCACUCCCGAUGACCAUUCAUCCUUGCCUAGCCGACAUGCCAAUCUAGGCAUAUCAUACACCGAUCGAUAUAAACGCAUGGGCGAGAUCGUGGAUCUAGUCAAGGCAACCAAACACAACAGUCGUGCACUCGAACUCACUCCUGAAGGCCAUCCAUCCUUGCCUAGCCGGUAUGCCAAUCUGGGCAUGUCAUACGCCGAUCGAUAUCAGCGCAUAGGCGACCUGGCGGAUCUGGUCAAAGCAAUCGAAUGCGCCGCCCGCGCACGCGUUCUUACUCCUGAAGGUCAUUCAGACUUGCCAGAACGGUAUGCCGACUUGGGGACGUUAUGCAGAGAUCGGUACAGACGCAUGGGCGACUUGUUGGACCUGGCGCUCGCAAUUGAAUGCGAUACUCGCGCAAUUGACCUCACUCCUGAAGGCCACCCUAGCUUGCCGGGCCGACACGCCAAUCUAGGGAUCUCAUACGGCGAAAGGCAGCGACGCACAGGCAAGCUGGAGGAGCUUUCGAAGGCAAUCGAAUGCUUCACUCGUGCACUGGAUCUAAUUCCUGAUGACCAUCCAAAAUUGCCAGACUUGCAUCAAAGCCUGGGAACGUCAUAUCGGGAUCGUUAUAAACGCGUUGGAGACACGGCAGAUCUCAUUAAGGCUAUCGAAUCCAGUACUCGUGCGUUGGACCUCACCCCCAAUGACCAUUCAGCCUUGGCAAACCGGUAUGCUAAUCUAGGGGUGUCUUAUACUGAUCGAUAUGAACUCAUGGGUGACCCGGUGGACCUAUCAAAGGCAAUCGAGUUCAGCACUCAUGCACUUGAGCUCACCCCUCUCGGCCACCCCGAUUUAUCCAAACGCCACUUCCAUUGGGCCGGUCUUUCACAUCUCCGGUACCAACACACCUAUGAUUACUCUUACCUUGCUGCAUCUAUUGGGUUCUUUCGCAAGUCCACCCAGCUUCUUAAUGGAACUCCACGCGUAGUAUUCGGCCAUGCCCGCCAGUGGGCCAGCCUUGCUUCCAAACAUUCUUACCUUAGCCCCAUCGAAGCCUUUCAAGCAACGAUCGACCUUCUCCCUCAUUACAUCUGUCUUGACUCUACUAGUACUCAGCGGUAUCAUGAUUUGCAUUUUCUAGGUCAGAACCUCGCUGUACGAGCUGCUUCUGCUGCCAUUCAGUUCUUCAAGUACAGUCUAGCAAUGGAGUGGCUGGAGCAUGCACGAUGUGUGAUAUGGAACCAGAGUCUGAUGCUUCGCGCUCCUUUAGAUGACCUAAGAGCUUCUCACCGCGACCUUGCCUCCCAGCUAGAGCACAUCAGCAACCAGCUUCAUCUUGCCAGUUCGGAUACUUACAUUCCAGAGCAUCGUCAUCGCCUGGCUGCGGAGUACGUCAACCUACUAGAUCAUGUGCGUCACCAUCCCGGAUUCGAGAACUUUCUGCUGCCAACCAAAUGGAAUGGUCUUUUACGUGCCGCUCGAUACGGGCCUGUCGUGGUCAUCAACUGUUACGAAGCUCACUGUGACGCCCUUUUCAUCUUGCCCGGACACAACCAUGUCAGUCAUCUCAGCCUUCCCAAGUUUGAUCAGCAGAAAGCGCAAAAGGCUCGGUCGGAAAUAGAGCGGAUGCUACGAGAUAAAGGCAUCCGGGAGCGCACGUACAGGAUCAAGUUUCGUCGACUGGGAGACACCGAGCCAGACGCUGGACCUGUGCUUGCCUCGUUGUGGCAUGAUGUGGUGAGGCCAAUACUUGAUCAUCUGGGCUACACGAACGAUCAUUCGAGUGGUGCUCUACCUCAUAUCACUUGGUGUCCCACCGGCGUCAUGUCCUUCUUACCGCUACAUGCAGCCGGGGACUACGACCAGCCGCGGUCAAGAGUGUUCGAUUACGCGAUCUCAUCGUAUACCCCAACUCUCGCCGCUCUCCUUAGCUCUUCUCCUCGAUCUCUCAACCAGGCUACUAAAGUACUUGCUAUCGGUCAAACCAACACACCCGGCUGUAGCUCACUGCCUGGCACCGCUAGGGAGCUGGCCUGUCUCGAGUCUCAUACCAGAGGCAAAGCCAGCUACUCGCAGCUAGUGGAGGACGAAGCGACGGCUACGGCUGUGCUGGAUGCGAUGGAACAGCAUGACUGGGUGCACCUUGCAUGCCAUGCUCACCAGAACCUCAAAGACCCAACGAAGAGCGGGUUCUACUUGCACGGCGGCACGCUCAACCUUUCAGCCAUCAACCAGCGGACAUUCCGGAACAAGGGACUUGCAUUCUUGUCUGCCUGUCAGACUGCCGCAGGCGACCAGACACUACCUGAUGAAUCUAUCCAUCUGGCCUCGGGGAUGCUGAUGGCUGGGUACCCGAGUGUUAUUGGGACGAUGUGGUCUAUGAUGGAUGAGGAUGCGCCGUUUGUAGCGGAUAAGGUGUAUGCACGGCUGAUGCAAGAUGGACAUUUGGGGAACGGGGAAGCGGGAAAGGCACUGCACGAUGCUGUGGCGGGGCUGCGUGAGAAGGUCGGGGAGAAGGAGUUUGCUCGAUGGGUGCCGUACAUCCACAUAGGCUCAUAG